AUGAAAUAUGUAGAAGAACCAAGAAGGGGGAACCUCACUGUGGUGACUGAAUUCAUUUUACUGGGACUGUACAACCACCGCGAGCUGGAAGUGCCUCUGUUCUCCAUUUAUCUGUUAUUUUAUGCCAUUACCCUGACUGGGAACAUCCUUCUCAUCACAAUCACCAUGGACCCAGUCCUUCACACCCCCAUGUAUUUCUUUCUCCGGGUCUUAUCCUUCCUGGAGAUCUGCUAUACUUCAGUCACUGUCCCCAAGAUGCUGGUGAACUUCCUCUCAGAGGACAAGAGCAUUUCCUACAUGGGCUGCUUUGUACAAAUGUAUUUCCUGCUCUUUCUUGGGGCCUCCGAGUGCUUCCUUCUGGCCGCCAUGGCGUAUGACCGCUAUGUGGCCAUAUGCAACCCACUGAGAUACAGACUCAUCAUGAACAGGAUGGUCUGCCUUUCUUUGGCAGUUUUCUCAUGGUUCAGUGGUAAUGUGGUGUCCCUAGUACAAACAGUCUGGGUUUUCACCUUGCCAUUUUGUGGAUCCAAUAAGAUUAACUAUUUUUUCUGUGACAUUCCCCCAUUGAUUAAGCUUUCUUGCAUUGACACCUCUCAGUAUGAAAUGCAGUUGUUUACAGCUGCUAUACUGGUCAUCUUCACUCCAUUUACUCUCAUCCUUGUGUCCUACAUCUUUAUUAUCUCCACCAUCUUAAAGAUGGCAUCGGCUGAAGGCAGACACAAAGCCUUCUCCACCUGCUCCUCACACCUCAUCGUGGUGACAUUGUAUUAUGGGUGCAGCAGUCUGAUCUAUUUAAGACCCAACUCCAUUAACUUGCCAGACAGCAACAAAGUGCUAUCUCUGAUAUACACAACUGUUACCCCCACUUUGAACCCCUUUAUCUACAGCCUGAGGAACAAGGAGGUAAAAGAGGCUCUGAGGAGAAUAUUGGGGGACAUGAUGAAGAGAAACAUAUUUUCUCAUAGAAAGUAA